AUUACCGUCCUGCUGUCUAGCACAGCACUAAAAAGCUGUCAGUGAGGUUAGAGGGGGUAAGAAUUUCUCAAAUCGGCGACUGCCGUUCAAACAGCGGCGUGAAUGUCCAAAUCUGUGCUUUGGUGGUAUUACAAACGUAACGUGUGACACUGAGGAGAAACAUCUGCAGCGUCCUCCUCCAAACUGUGCAGGCCAGCAGUCUCUGAACUAGAUCAAACAGUGCUGUAACACAGCGAGCAAAUGGCGUUGAAAAGAAUCCAGAAGGAACUGACAGACCUACAGAGAGAUCCACCAGCUCAGUGUUCAGCAGGUCCAGUCGGAGAGGACUUGUUUCACUGGCAGGCAACAAUAAUGGGGCCGAAUGACAGUCCAUAUCAGGGAGGGGUUUUCUUCCUUACGAUUCAUUUCCCAACAGACUACCCCUUUAAACCACCAAAGGUCGCAUUCACAACAAAGAUCUACCACCCCAAUAUUAACAGUAACGGAAGUAUUUGUCUGGACAUCCUGCGAUCUCAGUGGUCACCUGCACUUACUGUAUCCAAAGUCUUGUUGUCCAUCUGCUCCCUGUUAUGUGACCCGAACCCAGAUGACCCGCUGGUACCUGAGAUCGCACAUACAUAUAAAGCAGACAGAGAAAAGUACAACAGACUAGCGAGAGAAUGGACGCAAAAGUACGCCAUGUGAGAGUGCCUGCCACUAAAACACUACAAAAUCAAACGGACAGAGAAAUGUGUUUUUACUUUGAACAAGAGGAGUCAAAAGAAGUGAAUGUUGAGGGGAGGGACCCUUGGAAGGGAAGCAGAAGGAGGAGGUGAGAGCCACUGGUACAUGUUGGCCGCUAUGUGCUGAAUCUGCUGUCAUGUGCCGUUCUCCCAGAUCCGCCAUCACAACGGCUUAGCCUGGAAAACUCCAGGAAAACUGUAAAACCGGACAAACCUCGGGGUACCACAGCCCAGGAAGUUAGACUUGUACUACUGUUAGUUCUCUUUUUACUGUCAUUGUGAUUUUCUCAGUGUUACUGUUGGCGUUCUUACUCUUGUCAUCACUGAAUGAGGAAACGUUGGGCUGAAGUUGGAAUGGCGGUGAGACAGGAUUGAUAAUGUGUGAACCAUCGCACCGUCCCAUCGGAGAAAUCCCUGUGGAAAACAUAGUUGUCUGUGCACUUUCAUUUUUACCAGUUUGCGAUAGAAUGUAAAAAAAUCGGGUGUCAGAAAGACCUUACUGUAGUCUCCGCCUUCCAACUUCCUGCCGUUUCAAUGUUAUUCCAUAAAACACUAUGAAUGUGAUUAGGAAAAGGUUGUGUCCCUAAUGAGAAACUGACAUUUGAUUUUUGAACAAAUGGAGGUCAUAAAAAUAGUCAAGUGAGUCUAUAUCGUUGUGCUGUAAAAAAACUAAACAUAACACCAUGUCCUAACCAGACGCGAUGCAAUGAGAUUCCAGCGACAAUCGCCCCCUAUACCCUGAUUCACUAUUCCCUAUGUUACUUCACUAAUAAAGUCCAUUGAAUGAAAACAAGUGUGUGAAUUUGGACACUGAAUAUACACGGAAAUUCAUUUGGCUCGACCCUCAUGUUUUCUAGCUGUCAAGUGUACAUCGGUUGUACACUAGUUAUAGCAGUGCAUUGUGGGAUUGAGUGAGUGAUCUCAAUAAUGUCCACUUUGGUUUUGGACAGCACUACAAAUCGUGAACUUUUAAGGGGAUAGGGGGCGAUUUCGGACACACGUGACAAAAUCAACCGCAAAUCACAGCCAAUCAGAAGAGUGUGUGGGCGGAGCUCUCUCUGAAAGCUCACUGCUCUCUCACUGUGCAAAAAAUAAAUUAGUAAUUUCAUCAAAAUUAACAGUUUUAACAAUAUUUAAAAUAUAUAGUGACUCAUACAAUUUAGUAAUUUUGUUGUGAAAUACACUUGUUUGUUCUUGUGUAUUUCAAGGUGUUUUUAAGAUCUGAGGUAAAUUAUCCAUUAUUAUGGCAUUCAAUUCAUACCAAAAUGAUAACACAAAUUAAACUUUUAAUAUUGUACAAAACACAGAUAGGUCUAAUAGGGCUGGGCGAUA